AUGCAUAUGAUUGCAUCACACAACACUGAGCCUGGGCGUGUGGAGCCUGAGAAUACUGCGUCUGAGGGUGCUGAGCCUGUGCGUGCUGGGUCUCGAGGUGCUCGAGGUGUCCCGUUGCGGCGGGAGCCCCUCUCUCCACAGCAGCUUCGUGAGUGGUACUCUCGGCGCUGUCGAGGUGCUGCUAGUACUGGUGCUGCAGGAGCUGCUGCUGGAGCUGCUGGAGGUGCUGCUGGUGCUGGAGCUGCUGGAGGUGCUACUGGUGCUGGAGGUGCUGCUGGUGCUGGUGCUGCUGGAGCUGCUGGAGGUGCUACUGGAGCUGCUGGAGGUACUGCUGGUGCGGGAGGUGCUGCUGGUACUGUAGCUGCUGGAGCUGCUGGAGGUGCUGCUGGUGCUGGAGCUGCUGGAGCUGCUGGAGGUACUGCUGGAGCUGCUGGCGGUGUUGCUGGUGCUAGAGGUGCUCCUGGUGCUGGAGCUGCUGGAGCUGCUGGAGGUGCUGCUGGUGCUGGUGCUGCUGGGACUGAAGUCCCAGUCGCAGUUACAGCCGGCCUCUCCACUACCUGGUCCUUCUCCUUACUCUAG